CUGAUUCAAACUAUGAACGUGUCGUAAGGAUUGUUUGUGACAUGGAUCUAUUUUUAGAGUAGUCGUUUUGAAAAUGUUCACAGUUGUGCCUGUGGUUACAAUGACAUCAAAUACAGCUUUGAAUUGCUACCGUUUUAGAAUGUGAAUAUGUAUUGAUAUAAUCCUCAAGCCUGACUUAUUACCCACUCUUUUUAUCACUAAAAGACGUUGUGUUUAUCGAUUAUAAAAGUCAUAUAUGAAUGUUCAAUAAUCCAUCUUAUUAAUCUACUCGAUAAUCAACUUUACUUGUAAAGGACAACCACAGAAUUCAUACAUUAUCAUUAAUACGGUAUAAAUGAGACUAUAACACCCGUGAUGGGACUGAACCUCCAGCGAGUAGACAUUUUUAUUGAAUGAAUAUUUUCACUAUUUGUGACAUUCCACAUUGUGAUGGUAUAACCUUAGGAUAUUUAUAACCAUAUAUCGGUCACAAAAUACAAACCGCGUUCAGUAUGUGGUAGACAGUUUUGGAAUGAAUCUAAAUAAUAGUAUCGUGUCAGAUCAAUUAGCUCCCUCCAACUCAGGCGGGAGUUUCCCUCAGUUUUCACUGAUAUUGAUUAUGACGUAUUGCAAUACUUCCUGUGUAAAACUACACAGAAUCAACACCAAAGGCCUCCUUCAACCCGAUGUACAAGCCUACCCAAGAGAAUGAGUAAUAUAUUACACAAUGAGGGAUUGCGGUCACUAUGCUCUUUCUUCUUUACUAAUGCCUCGUGCAAGGUUAUUAUGUCACACUUAUUCUAAAUAUCUAAACAGCAACAUAUUUGAACCAGUUGGGAAACCAGUCUUAAAAUAGCCAUGAGUUGUGACCGAAGGUGGUAUUAAAUGUAACCUGUACUGCGACAAGUAGACUCUGUGUUGAAGAGUCUGAAUCUGAGGAAAUACAUCAGAUCUGGAUGUCUGUUUAAUUCGUGUAAGUUGACAGUUUCACCAUUGAAGUAUCGUUCUGAGCAGAGUUGGGCACCUCCAAGCAAGCUUAAUCAACUAAAAUGACGAUCAUCAGCCACAGUGCAGGCAAUAACUUGUCAAUGUCAUGUUUGAACCCACAAUUGCAAGAAUCAUCACAGAACACAAUAAUAAAUGAAUAUGACUCCAUCAUGAUCAGUGCCAGAUAUUCAUUCAUAAAUAUAGAUGUUAAGACCAUUGAAUAUGGCGGAUGGGAUUCAAACCAUCAAAAAACAUCGAUCCAUCAUGGAAGAAAGAAAAGUGACGCAACAUGGCACAGAGGAUGUACAGCUCCUCAUCACUGUCAACACAAAAGAACUGAUGAGUUGUUAAACAACCAGAUCACAACCAAGAAGUACGUUGGCAGUACUGCCAUAUAUUACAAUGCUCCUAUGUAUAAGAUGGAUUCCGAACCAGAAGGGUGUAACAUCAAGGAGGAAGAACAAACCAACUACACAACAAUAGCUUAUGUUGAGGACAAAUGUGAUACACAAACCCCUAUCACUGGUAAUGAAACUGAUACACAAUGGGAACUAUCGAAGCAGUGUUCACAAGAAGGAAGACAUUCCGAUAUAGAACGCAGUGAAUUUCGUAAUGGAUGGCAUGUUUCAAAAUCUUUAGUCCGACUGCAUUUUAAUGAUAUUGUUAUGUGUUCUUAUACAUCGCUGCUCUUUGAAUCAUUAUGCAGUCGAGCAGAAUCUGAACAGCAUUUUGAAAGCGGUUUCGGGGAUAAUCAGUUUGUGAAUGAUUGGAAAAGAAAGACUCAUGUGGCAAAAGAAAAGGAAAAUUUCUAUACAUGUUGGAAGCAGUGUCCAGAAGGUAUGAUGAACGAUAGACGAGUGAGCUCACACAAGCAAACAUUAUUCCCUGACAUGGAAUUUGAAGCGAUCAAAGGAUUGACUGGUUCUCAUACCCCAUAUCCAAAGGAAAGAAAACAUAGCCAUCCCUCAGACAGUCGAAGGGCGUCUAGUGGAUUGGUAGCUGAUACUGGACGGGCACUUGUUGCAAAGGAACGUGGAGCAACGCCACUUGAAUGUGAUAUAAAAGAGACUUCACGCAUAAUUAGUGAAUUGUGCGCUCUAUACAAUGUCAGUGAUUGUGACUUCCAACAAACACACGAAGAGUAUGGCGGUACAUGUACAACUCAAAAUGAAAUAAAUAAGUACCUGGACCACCAUGGCAGUACUUUUCCAGACAAAGACGAGGAAUCAGUCGAGUCUAAACUCCCUUCCAAAGACAUUUUUCGUCAUAUUGAUAUGAACAGCUAUAUUCAAUCCCUCCAAACACUUACUGUUGCACCUUUUCUUUCUUUACAAGGUUACUUUGUAAAGAUCGCUAAUCAUGAACAUGUUUCAAAUGAUGAAAAGAUGGCAUAUGAGGGCUUGAGGCUUAGUUCGUUUUCGGGUAUCAAUGUAAACGCAUCUUGCAUUCGUCUAGCAGCCGCAGGAUUCUACGCUACGGGCGAUAGGGAUGAGACCAGAUGUUUCAGUUGCGGAAUCAGACACAGGGGCUGGCAACAGGGGGACAACAUCUUCAUCAUCCACAAACAGAUUUCCCCAACCUGUCUUCAUGCCAUGGGAACUGACCAAAUAACUGUGCCGAUUAACCCUCCUCCCAUAGCCGACACUACAUCACCACCAGUCGCGUUGGCUAAUUCAUCAGAUGAUGCUAGUUUGACACUUGUCAUGCACAAAGAUCCAAACAUAAUAACCACUGCGGAUGAUACUCUGUCAAGCUUGGAGGCCGAUUCAACAAGUGGCGCUGGUAUCGAAUCAGCAACAAGAAGUGCUCGGGAAAAUCCUAACUUACACGUAGUUACAUACAACAAAUACAAAUCAUCAGCUGAAUCGGUUAAAGAUGAUGCCACAGUAGCAUUUCCGUCUGUUUCUGAUGAAGGUGUACACAGUUCACGAAUCCAUACAAACCAUGAAUCUGUCACAGAUGACAACAUUAUAACUGUUCUGCCUGCCUCAAGGGAAGGAGCAGUUAGCGCACAAUUACAAAGAAGGGAGUCUACUGUACAAUCUGAUUCAGCAACCGGGACACGAUAUAACUCAGGGCUUCAUAAAAAGAUAUCUCUGAGGUUUGACAAUGCCAUCUACCCCAACUACUGUGACAUCUCAACUAGACUUUCAUCCUUCCUACUGUGGCCCAAAGAACAUUGCAAGAAACCAGAAGAACUUGUUCAAGUUGGUUUCUUCUAUGCAGGCCUCCCUGACUGUGUGCGAUGUUUCGUGUGCGGUAUUGGUCUGAAGACGUGGGAGAAGGGAGACAACCCUUGGGUGGAACAUGUGCGUUGGAGGGCGUCUUGUGCCUAUGUGAGAGCCAUCAAAGGAGAAGCAUUUAUUACACAGACACUUGCGGAGGAAGGGGAGAGAAGCAGGGAACGUGACAUACCAGAAAUCAGAAAUCAAGCUGGAAAUACGAAUGACGCUGGUGAUGUCCUUGAACGGGAGGCGUGUCACCGCGCCCUGGAGAUGGGCUACAGCAGAGACUGUGUCAGCCAACAUGCUCUGGCCAUUCUCAGGAACCAGAGCCAUGUCUCAUUGACACUGGAUGUCCUGCUCGGGCAGAUCAUGGCAGAGGAGGACCUGGAGAUGGCUGCUUCUGCGGAAGGCGACUACGAUGAGCAACCUGCAGCUGCUGGAUCGGGGGCAGAGACGACCUCCAGCUCAGGAACAGAACUGCAAGGGAAUAAUGAAUUAGUGACAAUUGAUAAUGGAUAUACACAGGACCCAACCCAAACCAUCAAAGCUGCAGCUGCAGGAUCGACUCCGACAAUCUCAAUCCUAGGUGCAGAACAUCAACAAGAACAGAACCAACAAGUCAAACAGAAACAUCUUCAAGCUGGUGCAGCGAAAGCAAGAAUACCAAUGGGACAUGCUGAUGAAACUGUCUCAUGGCAGAGACCCAGCAGACAAGCAUCUGAGCACACAGUGUCAGACGAUGAGGAUGAGGGGUAUGAGGGGUCCUCCGCGUCGAAGGGAAAUACGUUUCAAAGCUUGCCAGUGAUGCCAUCCGGAAAUAUAGCCAUUACCAAGCAAAAAAAGUCAUCCGCUAGGAGAAAAAGCACAAAGGAACAAUUGAAGGCCACAGAGGAAGAGACACAGCAGCUGAAAGAGUCGAACUUGUGUAAGAUAUGUCUGGAGGACCCUGCCAACAUCGUUUUCCUCCCUUGUGGGCAUCUGGUGGCAUGUGCGAUGUGCGCCCCAGCUCUAGAACGUUGCCCAGUCUGUAGAACACACAUCCGGGGAUCUGUCCGUGUCCAUCUGGCGGCACAUCUCAAGGACAAGACUUGACAGUCUCAGUAUCAUGCAGUCUCAACGCGGAGCAUGGCUAGUUUGACAAUGUUCAGACAAUCUUCAUAUAGUGAGAAAGUGUAUUCUAUUUGAUAAAUCAUGCUGGAGAAUGGAUUAUUCAACUCACGGACACGAUUGGCUGCAUUUGACAUGUUCUGUUGACAGCAUGAAUUACCCGUAAGUUACAAGUUAUUCGGAAAAGCUUUAGGUUGGAAUAGGUUGCAACUGGAAAAUCAACUGUUAGUUUUGUAGGAUAUAUCAGCAUUCGAUUCAUGGUUAGUAUGAAUGCAAGAUUCCACCAGUCUUAUCAGACACACACGAUGAUAACACAUAACUAUCCCAAAGGGGUUAUAAUUUCCCCAAAGGAGAAUGUUUUACAAAGUGGAAGUCAAGUAUUUUCUCGUAUGUUUAAAUUGUGAAAUUUACACAUUAAAAACUAAUGUCACUUAUCAUGAAUGUUGCGACUCUUGUAGAAUUCAGAAAAAUGUAUUCCUGAUUCCUUAUACUUCAUAAUUCGUCCAUUGUGACAAAGACAUGCAGUGUGUAUAUGACUACGGUACUGGAACUGUUCAUCUCUGUAGUUACACAAUGAGUCACAAUCAAAUAUAGAAAGAAAGUAUCUAUCAUUGAUCAUACGACUACAAUUUGAGCUUUUUUGUACGUGCCUGAAAGAAAUAGUCCACUUUAGCACAUACAUAUAGCUUAUCCUUACUCAUUCGUCUCAUACCACAUCGCUCACUCGUUUGCUCCAUUUUUUAUGAACAUGAACAUGUACAUGGGGAAAGGAUUUUGUCACUUUUACGUUAAAAAAGGUGAAUAGUGGGUAAUAUGUAUUCCAUCUUCCCGAGGAAAAGGCGUUAACUGACAAUAAAAGUCCAGAAGCAUGUAUGUAUUCAGAUCAUAAGGCUUAUGGCGUUAAAAUACUGAUGUCAAGGAAAGCCACGAAUUCCAAUGCAACAUGGUUAUAAAAUGUAACUGGAACUCAUGAUGAGUUAUCAAACUUCAAACAAGAAAAAGAUGUAGUGUUAGAAAAUAGAUUAUAGAUAUGCCUCGAAUUGUAUGUAUAUAUUUACUAAAGUAGACCAUCUAUUUCAGAAACCGGCACAUAGCUAAAAUAGUAUUUGCACGACCAAUUGUAGAUAGUUCCUUCACAUUCCUGACGGAGACUCAGUGUGCAUAUAUAAUAACGAUAGUUCUUUCAAAUAGACCGCCUUCGUGGUCUUGUGGUAGAGCGUCCGCCCGAAGAGCGGAAGGUACGGAGUUCGAUCCACGGCCGCGUCAUACAAAAAGACGUUAAAAGUUAGUACUUGUUGUUACCCUGUCU